AUGAGCGCCGCGGUUAUACAACGGUUUAGAAUGGGUUCGUCACAGCCACCUGAUGGCAACCUGCCAUUUGGCUAUAACUUUCCUCCCGACCAAGAUCUCAUGUAUUCCGGACCGCCGCCGCCACCACCGCCACCACCACCACCGGGGGCCCCUAUACUCUCACACGAAGACGGCCGAACAUUAUACAACUUCUUCGACAACAUGGCGACGGAUGCAUACCCGCUUUCAUACGGCGAAGGUCUGCACCAUGAUGACCAAUGGAUACCCGACUAUUUGGGUGCUUACACGUUCCUUGGGCCAGGACCGCCACCGAAUAGCUCCCUGAUGGACGAAAUGUCAGCAGCUGCGCUCCAAGACAUGUAUAAUUUGGGGCAGCCCCCGAUGCCUCCGCCGCCGCCGCAACCGCCGAUUGCGCCCCAGUUCCAACAACACCAGCCGCAACAUGGUCUCCCCGCUCCCCAUACACCAAUAGAACACAACGCGCAUGCCGGUGCUGUUGUCUUGACGGCACUUCACAACGACCGCCGCAACGGCCGCUACAACGGCCACAACAACGGCCCCUAUAAUGCUCAACCGCAGCGCACGAUUAGCACGAGCAACUUCAGCCAGACUACACCAGUGCCACGGCACCAAAUUAGCCCGGGGCCAGGCAAUCCUGUCAGGCCAUUUCGCUCCAACGACUCUGAUACACUAACCGACAUGGUGUUUGGAAGCCAGGGUCCAAAUAGGCUACCGGAAACGACCGAGUUGCAGUGGGGAUCCGACGCGGCGUUUGCGAGAGAUCAGGGGUUCAUUCCACCUGUGCAUGAGUCCAGAGAGGUCCUCGAGCAGCAACGUACGGCUGUCAUGAAGGCUCUGCACAUAAAUGGAAGUGCUGAUACAACCCAAACUCUGAGUCCUUUCAGCAAUGGGGGAGGCUCCUCCAACGGGCUAUGUGACACUACGAAUAGACAUGUCAACGUUGACGAUGAGCCUGUAGCACCGCCUCGGAAAUGCCGGAAGGGCACGGCAAAGAAGGAGGUCGAGGAAGGAGGCGCCGACUUGACUUCGAUACCGCCUAGAGCUGCGACCAAAAAGCGAAAAUCGAAAACAGACUUGAACGGGUCUUCAGAACUCUUUCCAGCUGCUCAGGAGACGGCGGGUAAGCGAAGAAAAUCUUCAGUGACCGCGGCGAAGGCAGCGCGAGAAAACUUGAGUGAAGCUCAGAAACGGGAGAACCAUAUCAAGAGUGAAAAGAAGAGGAGAGCGGCCAUCAGUGAGGGCUUUGAAGACCUCAACAAGAUGGUUCCGGCUCUAAAGGAUGGUGGUGGCGGCAGCAAGAGCCAGGUGCUGGUGCUAACGGGACAGUGGCUGGAGGAGCUAAUCAGGGGCAAUGAAGAACUCCGCCAGCUGUUGUGA